AUGAGUGAAAUAGCCGCAGAUAUUUACACUAACCUCGGCCAGAGUGGUCUAAAGAUCUCUAAAUUAAUUGUGGGAUGUAUGUCGUAUGGAUUAAAAUCAUGGGCUGAUUGGUUGUUGGAAGACGAGGAGCUGGUGAUGCAGGUGUUGAAGAAAUGCUACGACACCGGAAUCCGCACAUUUGAUACUGCGGACACCUACUCCAACGGAGAGUCCGAGAUUCUUGUUGGCAAAUUCUUGAAGAGGUACAAAAUUCCACGCGAAACCGUGGUAAUUCUGUCCAAGUGUUUCGCUCCUGUAGACGAAGAGAACAAGUUUGUUCGAGGCCAAUAUCGUCCUGGCGAGUUCAUAAAUCGCGUCGGUCUCUCUCGCAAACAUAUUAUCGAUGCGGCUCAGGCCAGUGUCAAUCGUCUUGGAACUUAUAUGGACGUGCUACAAAUUCACCGAUACGACCCGGAAACCCCACAGGAAGAGACCAUGCGCGCUCUCAACUAUGUGGUCGAGCAGGGCUGGACGAGGUAUAUCGGAGCUUCUGCUAUGAGGUGCUAUCAAUUCGCUAUGUACCAGAACAUUGCUGAGAAGAACGGAUGGCCCAAGUUUAUCAGUAUGCAGAACUACUACAACCUCACCUUCAGAGAGGAGGAGCGCGAGAUGAUCGCAUACUGCAAGAAAACGGGUGUUGGCAUCAUCCCAUAUAGUCCAAUUGCACGAGGACUUCUGGCAAGACCUCUGGGAGCUCCGUCAGCCUCAGGAAGGAUUAAAAACGACGUUGGAAUGAAAACAAACAAACUAGACGUUUUGAGCACGAGCGAUCAGGAGAUCAUUAACCGAGUUGAAAAACUGGCGAAGAGCCGCAAAGUGGCCAUGGCCACUGUGGCUACAGCCUGGGUUCUUUCGAAAGACUGUUAUCCAAUUAUUGGUAUCAGCAAACCUGAACGUGUUGAUGAUCUUCUAGCAGCCAUCUCUUUGAAAUUGACACCAGAGGAGAUUUCGCAGCUGGAGACUCCCUAUUCUGCCAAAGCGGCCCAGGAACUUUCCUCUUGA